GAUUUUUGUUUUUAACGGAAGUAAGUGCUUCUUUCUCUUAUUUCGAAAAUGUGGACCGGAUUUUCCAGUUUCCAAGUUGUUUACAAGUUCUCCCCGCAAGUUUGUUUGUGUAAAUUUGAGUACUCAACUAACUGCUGUCAGCAUUGAUUCUAUCGGCCACCAUGACCGCUCUCUUGAGGAAUGUCUGCCUGCUACUCUUCGGACUCGCCGCGGCCUCUACCCGGCUGGUCCUGCCCCCCCACGAACAGGUUGCCCGGGUCGCCCGCUUCGUCGUCCACCAGUGCGACUGGGCCUCCUUGGCCACCAUAAGCACCCACGAACCGGUGGUGGGGCAACCCUUCUCCAACGUGUUCUCGGUGAGCGACGGGCCACCGGGCUUUGGCUCCGGGGUGCCGUACAUGUACUUGACCCGCAUGGAGAUAUCUGUGCAGGACUUGGAGGUGAAUCAACAGGCAUCUUUGUCCAUGUCUAUGGCUCAGACUGACUACUGCCGCCAGCAGGGCUUUGACCCUCAGAGUCCUCUGUGUGCGCACGUCAUCCUGUCGGGAUCUGUGAUGGAGGUAAACGGCACAGAGGCAGAGUUUGCAAAGAAAGCCCUCUUCAGCCGACACCCCGAGAUGAUCGGAUGGCCAUCAGACCAUAACUGGUUCUUUGCCAAGUUCAACAUGACGCAGGUGUGGGUGCUGGAUUAUUUUGGAGGGGUGAAAACAGUCAGUCCAGAUGACUACUACCAAGCCUCCCCAAACAAUAAAAACUAGUGACAUCCAUGGGUUUUUACUUUUUGUUUAUUGCAGUGAAUCAUUACGUGAAUUUCCUCCAGUGGAUAAUGUCAAACAAAUCUGCUGUCUUUUAUGAGUGCCAUAUAUAAAACUGCAGUUUGAGUGUUUGGAUUGUCUUGUUGUGAAUAUUAAAAGAGAUGUCGCAACUGAAAUGGUGCAUGGUCUGUGUGCACCAUGCCUCUGAUUUUUAUUUUUAUUUUUUGUGUAAAUUUGAAAUAAUUAUAUAUUUUUAGAUAGAAGAUAUGCAACGUACCUCUGAAUAAA